AUGCAGUCAAAUAUCGAGCGUUCUGAAACUGGAAGGCGAGUGAGCUAUUCCAGAGCUGAAAUUUUAGCUCUCUACGACUGCGGGAAGUCCAUUACAUUACAGAACGAUGCGAUUAAAAAACCUCAAACUGGGACCCGUGCACCUCGAUCUAAACCCCAAAGAAAAAAGACUAGUUAUUCACAGUCAAGCGAUGGAGACGCCCAAAAAACUCAUGGUAGUAGUGGUGAGGAUCUAACUACUCAAGAAGUUGAUCCUAAUACCCAUGGCUGGCAUCGUAUGAACCGUUACGCCGGGCAUGCACAAUCGGGUAGUUCUUCACACCAUCCUCAUCAGAGAUAUCCAAGUGGACCAACUGGGGACGUCGAUCCUUCAAUUCCCGUUUCCCAAGCUAAUGGUCCCUUGCGUCCCACCAAUGAGACAAAAAGAGGAGGGCAUGGUGAUUGGUCCCGAGGAUGUGCUGGUUGGCGUCAACGUUCUUACAGUGGUAGUGAGCAAUCUGAUGUCUUCUAUUAUAACCACUCCAAUCACCGAGGUCGUGGUAAUGGACACCCAUCCAAUGAAGUUGAUGGAAAUACGGGACGUGGACGUGGUCGAGGGCGUGGUUCAGGUCGUCAAGGCUUGACACAUCGAGAACCUGUUGGUGGUCAAUCACAAACUUCAGGCAGUAAUGCUUGUCGACCUGCCAGUUGUUUAGUUGAUACUCCUGGAGGGCAAUUAGUUCAACAAACCAAAAAUGGGAGGAUUUACUCCAAAUCGUUUUGUAGUGAUCCACCGCCUGGUUUCGACUUACCAAUUCAUGAUAAACCUACUGGUGAGUCAUCAUCUUCAAUAACUUGUCAAAAAGAAGACGUUUUCAUUGAUAAUAAUGAUUCAGUGCCUAUACAUCAUUGUCAUCUUGUGGAUGAUGAUUCUUCAAAGAGUUCUACACAAAUGAAUUCUAAACAAUCUAUUAUACAUCCUUGUAAUUGGUAUUAUAUUGAUCUAUUUACAUGUACUCAAGGUCCAUUUACAAAUCAACAAAUGAGUACAUGGCUUGCUGGUGGUUAUUUACCAUUAGCUUUAAAAAUACGUCGUGAUUGUGAUGAAUGUUUUCUUAGUUUAGCUGAUCAUAUGAAUUUAGCUGGACGCAUUCCAUUUUGGACUGGCUACAAUCAACCACCUAUUACACAUGCAAAUUUAUCAACACUUUCUGGAUUAAACUAUAAUAAUAAUAGUAAUCAGGUAUUAACUCAUUCAACUAUUAUCACCAACCAAAUAUCCUCCUCAACUCCACCAGGUAUUACAAACAGUAAAACAGAUUGCGUAACUUCACUUUCACAAUCCACACUAACAACAUUUGAUGAAGAUACAACUCAGCUUCAAAACAAGGGAGACGUUAGUGUUUCUGAUGGUGAUAAAACUCAGGUAAAAAUCGAUAAUGAUUCAAUAUCAUCACAUAUAUCAACACUAUCAUCAAACACUAUAUCGUCUCCUAUAACUGAAUAUUCAGAAUCACAAAUAAUCAAUAAUUCAUCUUCAUUUAAUGGAAUGAAUGAAAAAGCAUUAUUAGAUUUAUAUAAUGAAGCUAAAAAUAUUGCAUUACAUACAUCUAAAAUUGAAGCAGAACGUUUAAUAUUAGCCAAUAAAUUAGCUGAAAUUAAUAGUACUACAGCUAAAUUAUUAUCAAAUUUACGUCCAACACAAUUAAGUUCUACAUUAACUGAAUCAUUAAUUCGAACAACAAAUGCUGUACAAACUGAAUUAGCACGUAUACUAGAACCAUGUAUUAAUGGUGAUAAUAAUAGUACUUCUAGUCAAAUUAAUAAUAAUAAUAAUAAUACUCUUGCUAAUACUUUCUCUAAUACUAUUGACGAUAGUCAUCCCGAUGAUGGUAAUAAUAAUAAUAAUAAUAAUAAUAAUAAUAUUAAAACUGAUGAUGACGUAAUUCCACCCAUUCUAAAUGAUUAUAGUAAUAGUACAAAUGUUGUUUCAUCAACAAAAUGUUCAACAUUAUCAUCUUUAGGAAUAGAACUUACUGAAUCAUUAUCUACUUUAAAAAUACUUGAUAAUAUUCAUUAUAAUGAAAUUUCUAUAGAUAGAAAAUUAAAUACAAAUGAUAUAGAUAUUGAUAAUGAGUUUCCCUUAGAUUCAACAAUUAACAAUCAUGAACGCAAUCAUACUAGUCAACAUAUGAAUAAUGAUGCAUAUAUUGGUAACAACAAUGUUGUUGAUAAUGAUAAUGAUGAUGAUGAUGAUGCUAAUGAUAAAAAGUAUCAACAAGUUGAAUCAAUUCCUGAACGUGAAAUUACCAUACCAUUGACUUCAACUAGUUAUAAUCAUGAACAGGAAACACCAACAACUACAAAGAAAUCUAGACGUAAAAAUAAAAAAGCUAAUAAAAAAUUAACACCAGACGAAGUACGUCAAUUAGCUUGGGAGUCAGAAUUCAAUCGUCGUAAAGCUGCCGCAUUAGAACAAUCAUUAGCUGAAGAAGCAAGAUUAAAGAAAUUGGCCGAAGAAGAGGCAAUUGCUAUAGCUGCAGAAAAAGCUUUAGCUGUACAAGAGAAAAAUCGCCUUCUUGCUGAACAGCGUAAACGUGAAAUAUCACGUCUGAAAGCAGAUAGUGAAUUGGCUCAGUUAAAGUUGCCUGAAUCCGCACGAUGGGCGACAGCUGCUACUAGUAAUACAAAUAUCACAAACAGGACUGCCCCAAUAGAUUUACGUUCUAUUCAAGCUUCUCAAGCCGCUGAAGAGGCUAAAAGAAAAUAUCAUGAUGCAUUAAUGUCUGAACAAGUUGCUGUGUUGAUAGCAGCUGAAUCAGCUUCUCCAUCAACAAAAACUCCACUUUCAUGGUCUCAAAUUGCUAAAUCUGAUACGACAUCUUUAACACCUAUAAAUUCAUGUAUAUCGAAGAAUGAUAAAAUAACUGAACGUUCUAAGUGUAAUGUUGUUAUAUCAUCUAGUAGUAAUAAUAAUAAUAAUCCAAUACACAAAUCCAUUAGUCAUUCAUCCAAUAGUAAUAAUACUUCAUCUUUAACACAAUUGGAUUAUUUAAAAAUCACUUCAUCAUCAAAAACAUCCUUAAAUAACAAUAUAACUUCUGCUGCUACUUCCACCUCUGUCUCAUAUACAUCGAAAGUGAAUAAUACAAUUGUUAAGCCAGUGACUAGUACUACUACUACUACUACAACAAAUAUACCUUCAAUAUGGGAUCUACCUGUAACAAAUAAUCUAAAUAAUACUAACAAUGCAACUGGGAAAAAAAGCAAUUCAAAGAAGAAAAAAAAAAAUCGUGAAGUUUCUUCAUUCCCUGCUAAAGAAGAACUUGCCCAUUGGUGUGAAUCUCAACUGUCUUCCAUUCCUUUGUCCGGAAUUGAUUUGCCUACUUUAGUGGAUUUAUUAUGUGAACUACAAGCUACAGAUGAAAUAGUAGAAUUUAUUGAAAAUUCAUUGGGACGAUCAAAGCGUAUAUCACAAUUCUCCAAAGAUUUUUUACAAAAACGUUCAUUUCUUCGUCAAUAA